AACGACGAAGACCACGCUAUUCUCAGUGGGACUUGUAGUUUUUUUCCUUUCCUGUUUUAGGGGCUGUCCUUCCAGUCUACAACUCACACCCACCUCGGACUGGAUUGGGAUAUCUGGGUGCGUGUUGGAAUGGGCGGGUUUGUUCUUAAUCUCGGCCUCGAGAGUGUAUCAUAGAAGUAGGGGGUGGGGAGGUGGAUGGUACCCCCCCCCCUUUUUUUUUCUUCUCCAAGGACAGGUCCUAAAGAGACGCAGUAGUCCCUCUCCCCUUUGGGGGCCAGGGAGGGGACCGGGUUGUGUCCGCCAUGUUGGUGAAGGCAAAGGAAGGCGACUGGCGCUGCGGGACUGACGGCUCUGCGGGCUCAAGUCGGCCAUAUUCAUAAAGAGGGAAGGUGGCUCCCUACCCCCGACGCACACACAUCCGCACCCCUGCUGCCCAUCCCGCCCCGCGAUUCUGCUCGGCGGGCCUGUCCCCUGCCUCGCUGGCCCCGCGUAGCCGUCAGCGCCUCAGGACAGGCUCACGACGGCGCCGAAUGAGGGGGGAAGGGACAUGCCGACCAAUUGCGCCGCGGCGGGCUGUGCCACUACCUACAACAAGCACAUUAACAUCAGCUUCCACAGGUUUCCUUUGGAUCCUAAAAGAAGAAAAGAAUGGGUUCGCCUGGUUAGGCGCAAAAAUUUUGUGCCAGGAAAACACACUUUUCUUUGUUCAAAGCACUUUGAAGCCUCCUGUUUUGACCUAACAGGACAAACUCGACGACUUAAAAUGGAUGCUGUUCCAACCAUUUUUGAUUUUUGUACCCAUAUAAAGUCUAUGAAACUCAAGUCACGGAAUCUUCUGAAGAAAAGUAACAGUUGUACUCCAACCGGACCUUCUAAUUUAAAAUCAAACAUUAAUAGUCAACAAGUGCUACUUGAACACAGUUAUGCCUUUAGGAAUCCUAUGGAGGCAAAAAAGAGGAUAAUUAAACUGGAAAAAGAAAUAGCAAGUUUAAGAAGGAAAAUGAAAACUUGCCUACAAAAAGAACGCAGAGCAACUCGAAGAUGGAUCAAAGCCACUUGCUUGGUGAAGAAUCUAGAAGCAAAUAACAUAUUACCUAAAGGCACAUCUGAACACAUUUUACCAACUGCCUUAAGCAGUCUUCCUUUGGAGGAUUUCAAGAUUCUUGAACAAGACCAACAAGAUAAAACAUUACCAAUUCUCUAAAUAUAAACCAGAUCAAGAGUGCUUUUAUUUAAGAUUAGCCUGCACACAAAAAGAAAAAAAAAAGAUUAGCUUGCAUCGAUCUUGAUGCCCAUCAUUUAUUCUAUUCAAAGGUAAAGAUAUUUAAGGAAAUAAUGCCAAAAUUGGGUAUUUAAUAAAGUUUUACUUGAAGUAACGUUCUUACUGUAUAACUUAUGAAGACUUGAUUACAAAAAUAGAAAACUUUAUGAAACUUAUUUGAAAAAGCAUGGAAGUGCCUUACAUGCGAAUUGCAUACAUUAAAAAUUUGCUAGGAAGUUUUGCAAGAUGUGUUUUUGCCUUUUUAAACAACUUUUGAAGAACAGUCUAUUACAAGUAAUGUGUUUAAUUUAUAUUAGAAAAAAUUGUUUUUGUGUACCAAAGUUGAGACAUUACAUUCUAAGUAAGGUAAGUAGGAGUUAACCAAUAUUAAAUAUGACUUUAAAACUG